AUGUGGCGAGGGAAAUACACCGGGAAUUAUCAUAAUCGAUUUGUUAGCGCCAAGUCGUCUGGAACUUCUAGUUUAAGUGAUGGACAAAGUAUGAACAAUGUACCCCCUCCUGCUGCUUUAACCGUCGGAAAUGCUCCAGUCCCACCACCAAAUCGUAAUGUUUUCAUGAGCAGUCGUAAAGAGCAAGAAAUGAAAAAAGAACAAGAGUACGCAAAUCUUAUGGCAUAUGGAUCAACAUCUGAGAAACAAGCAGACGAAAACGGAUCUACGAUGAUGAGUAUAUAUUUGGAAGGCGGAUCGGAUGACGAAAAACCUUCGAAAUCUUCAUCUUCAAUACCUGAUGAUGACGAAGAAGAAGACGAGCUGGACGCUUUCAUGGCUGGAAUCGAGAAACAAGCCACGAAGGACAAAAAAGUUUCUGAACAAAAGGAGAAGGAUAGAAAAGAAGGAAAAGACACAGAGGAUCCAAGUAAGAAAGGACUCGGAAGAGCUGAUAUCGAUGAAGAAGAUAUGCAAGAAUCUCUUUUCAAAUUCAUGGAAGAAUACAAAGAAAAACAUGAAAAUGACGAAGAACAAUAUGAAUAUGAUGAGGAUGGAAAUAUCAUUUGGACAUGGAAAAAAGUUAUUGACCCGUUACCAGACAUUGAUCACACGCAGAUUCAAUAUCCGAAAUUCAAUAAAAAUUUUUACGAGGAGCAUGAUGAUAUCAAGUUAUGUUUCAGACGUCUUCAAUAUUUGGAUAUCAUUCGUCUUCAGAACACAAUGAAUCUCCGCGUAGGUGGUCUCAAGCCACCCCGUCCUGUGUGCUCGUUUGCUCAUUUUUCUUUUGAUAAGCUGUUAAUGGAGGCCAUCCGUAAAAGCGAGUACGAACAACCAACUCCAAUCCAAGCUAUGGCCAUCCCGUCCGCUUUAUCCGGCAGAGACGUUCUAGGAAUUGCCAAAACUGGAUCUGGAAAAACUGCUGCGUACCUCUGGCCUGCAAUUGUUCAUACAAUGGAUCAACCAGAUCUGAAAGAAGGAGAAGGACCUGUUGCAGUUAUUGUGGUUCCCACCAGAGAGUUGGCGAUUCAGGUGUACCAAGAAGCAAAACGAUUUUGCAAAGUCUAUAACAUCAAUGUCAUUUGUGCCUAUGGAGGUGGCAGCAAAUGGGAGCAGUCCAACGAAUUGCAGAAUGAAGGGGCUGAAAUGGUUGUUUGCACUCCUGGCCGUAUUAUUGACUUGGUUAAAAUGGAAGCUACCAAUUUUCUACGUACGACAUUCCUAGUAUUUGACGAAGCCGAUCGUAUGUUCGAUAUGGGUUUUGAAGCUCAAGUGAAAUCUAUUUCGGAUCAUGUUCGUCCAGAUCGCCAAUGUCUUAUGUUCAGUGCAACAUUCAAGCAAAAAGUCGAGAGACUCGCUCGUGAUGCUCUUGUGGAUCCGGUUAGAAUUGUGCAAGGAGAAGUUGGAGAAGCGAAUGCAGAUAUCGAACAAAAGGUAUAUGUGAUGCAGAACCAAGACGUUAAAUUCCAUUGGCUCAUCAGAAAUCUUGUCGAAUUUGCUUCCCUUGGAAAAGUUCUUAUUUUCGUCACGAAAAAAUUGGAUUCUGAAGAUCUUGCAAAGAAACUGAAGCUCAAAGAUUUUGAUAUCGUGCUGCUUCAUGGAGAUAUGCUUCAAGCAGAAAGAAACGAAAACUUGUUGAAGUUCCGCAAAAAGUCACAGAUCCUCGUAGCUACAGAUGUUGCUGCUCGUGGUCUCGAUAUUUCUGAAAUUCGAACUGUCGUGAACUUUGAUAUGGCUCGUGAUAUCGAUACCCAUGUUCAUCGAAUUGGAAGAACUGGACGUGCUGGACACAGAGGAACCGCCUACACCCUAGUCACUGAGAAAGAUAUCGAAACGGUAGGACACUUGGUCAAGAAUCUUGAGAGUGUAUCGCAAGAAGUUCCAAAACCACUAAUGGAUCUUGCAAUGAAAUGCGCAUGGUUCCGAUCACAAAGAGCUGGGCAUGGGGGUCCUAGUACUGGUACACAAGCUCGAGGUAGAACAGGUCUAGGAUAUACGCCCAAAGUACGGACAGGAGGGCCUGGCGCACAAGGCGGACAACAGUAUGAUCCACUGAAGGACCAAAGGAACAGUAAAGGUGGUUCUGGUUACGGUGGAUCUACAAAUCAAACAGUAGACGGAAUGGUCCAGAGUGCUCAGAGAUUAGCUACAUCAUCAGGGGGUGUACCAGCUUCAGGAGCAAACAGAGCGCAGAUGCUGAAAAGUGCCUUCCAGAAAUCGUUCCAAUCAACAUUCCAACGUCCAACAAAUGAGUCAUCCAAUCUUCCGACCCAGGUGGCUUCAGAUCCACGACCAGAAUGGAAGAAAAAAGUUGACGAAUUGAAUGCUCGAAUUGCACAACAACAUCAACAAAAUCAGUCUUCUUCUUCUUCUUCUUCGUCUGCGCCUUCUUCUUCUUCGUCCAAGAGGAGUCGCUGGGAAUGA